AUGUCAGCAGAUGACGCCUGGGGGGCCAUCACAGGCAUUGAUGACCACCAUUGGACCGAAAUGGGCGCAAUAAAGUGCAGCAUGCAAAUGCAAAUGCAGCGGCUGCGAUUGGAUGGAACGGAAUUGCUGACCAUUCACUCGGUUGUGAGUGGUGCAUCUGGGCGAUCGACGCGGGAUCCGCUGCUGGUCCCGCUUCUGGUUCCCUUCGAUGAGUCGCGAACUGACCUUUAG